GCCCCAGGUAGGUUGACUCCAUUGGCCCCUUGCCUGGCAGACGCCGGCUCAAGUGCUCCAAAUGGCAAGCUGCCGGGGCCUUCGUAUGAACUGCUACCUUACUAUUAUUGCACCUGCGCAUUCGCACCCCCAAAAAGCGCAGAUAGUGGCUAUUGCAUUGCACGCUCAUCGGCUCGUCGGCCGUGAGGGUUGCCCUGUGGCGUGUCCAUGUAGGCAAUUAACCAUGCGUACCUACUGAAGAAAAUUGCGUGGCACAGUCGAUCUCCAACAGCACGGCGGUGUAGCCACUGACCGGGUCUAAGCGGGCCAUUUCGCUGAGGUGCUCACAUGCCCGCCAGUACCCAGUACAAUUCGUGGAAAAGAGCAGCGUUAUCGGUUGGGCCCGGAAGGGUUUGGCUUGCGCGCCUUACAACCCACCGAAGCAGCAGAUAGCGUGGUGCACGCACACCGUACACACCAGUAACUGUCGCUCACACCCAAGAGAAUUGUCACGCCAUAUCACCAGCACGUCGGCCUUCCGCGAUAUCUCCCAUCACGCUCUCCAUCACCAGUAAACCCUCGUAGCCAUCGAGAAUGUCGACCACGGUAGUCCGAUCUCCAAGCAGUGCGGGGUCUGCAAAGGCAGCUUCGCUUCACGACUCUGCCAGAGACUCGGGCUCUCCGGAGCCCCAAAACCCUCUUGAUGGCUUCGGCAGCCUCGUGGAGAAGAUCGAAAGCAUCCUGGGUACCGGCGAGAGGAUCCGUAGUGAAGAGGUCGACAUCGAUGCUCUGAUGGCGGCGAUGGAGGCUUACACCUCCGACGAGUCCGAGUGGUCGCAGUACGCAUUCGCAGAUGCACAGAAAAAAUACACCAGGAAUCUGGUCUCAGCAGGAAACCAUCUAGGAAAUCUUCUGGUCCUUGUGUGGACACCAGGUGAAGACCAAACUUCUCCCGUCCACGACCAUGCAGAUGCGCAUUGUGUAAUGAAGAUACUGAAGGGCUCUUUGACCGAAACGCUCUAUGGAUAUCCUUGUGAAGCAACAUGCACACCACCCACGAUGGAGGUUGAUAAUGAUGCACCGAGCUCAGGUAGUUCUACCGGCCACAAGUGCUGUCAUAGCCGUCGCGACCCCUCUGCUCAAUCGACAUCGACAACGACCGCCUCCUCAGAGCUGCCGGUGAAGAAAAAGACAACAUAUACCCGAGAUCAAGUCACUUAUAUUUCUGAUCGUCUCGGUCUGCACUCGGUUGGCAAUAGUCUGGGUGAAAACGACUUUGCCGUCAGCUUGCAUCUCUACACUCCUCCAAAUGCUGCCACAUUUGGCUGUUCGACCUAUGAUCCAGUGACUGGCAAAAAGUCUGCAGAGAAGCACAAGAUGAACCACUUUUAUUCCGAGUUUGGCGUGAAAAUGUCAGAUUAAGAAGCAAAAAAAGAUAUCUGAGCAUCCAUCAAUGCUUGCAAGCAUGAUAUGGAAUGCCGUGUGGGGGCGGCGGGCCACAAGAAGGGCGUUGACAUGGGGUUAUCCACAAGGGUGUCGCUUUGUUUUGUGCGACUACCGAUUGAUGCAAGUCUUGCAGUAAGGUACUCGGGCUGCCUAUUACUAUGAUAUGGUUCUCAAAUGGCGUAUAUCGUAUUCAAGCCAAUUCCGAAAUUCCA